AUGGCCAUUCAACACUCGACUUUGCCAUUUUUUGGAAUUCAGUUUCAUCCAGAGUCCAUUGGCACUCCCUGCGGCCUUCAGAUCCUUCGCAACUUCAGCGAAUUCACGCAGCGCUGGCACUGCGCCAGCCACACGGGGCCCCCGCGUCCACUCAGCAGCAGCAGCAGCAGCAACAGCAACAGCAACAGCAGCAGCAGCAGAGAAGAUUCGAGGGCUGCGCAGCUGGAGAGGAGCACAGUGGCUCCGCUGGGCGAGCAGGCGGCGGUGUGGGAAGUGAACGUAGCUGAAGUGGCGCUGGGAGUCUCAGCAGCAGCAACAGCAGCAGCAGCAGCAGGAGAGUUUGGGGGCUCUGAAAGGGGGGCCCCCUUGGUACUGGACUCGCGAGAGCUCUUCAGGAAACUCUACGGGAAAAGCCCCGCCAGCUUCUGGCUUGACAGCAGCAGCGCGGACUCAGCCCAGGCCGACUCGGGCCCCGUGGAAAAAGAAUUGCUGUCACGAUUUGGCUACAUGGGGGACGCGGGGGGCCCCUGUGCUGCGGUGCUGCAUAGCUGGACGGGCAGCAGCAGCAGCCACCUCUUUCGCUGCCCCCAGGGCUGCCCCUGUGGGGCCAGCCCGCAAAGUCUGCACUUCCGCGAGCUCCCGCUGGACCCUUUUGGGGCCCUCAGGGGUCUCCACGGCCCCCAAGGCCCCCCGAGCCUCCAGGGUCCCUUGCGCCUUCGCCGCUGGCUCGCUGAGGCCCCGAGGGACCCCCCUGGGGGGGGCCCCGAGGGGGCCCCGGGGGGGGACCCCGCGGGUGGGAAGGCGGAGAGGGGGGCCCCUGCAGCGCUGCAGCUAGUGGGGGAGGGUCCCCUUGACCCUGCAGAGCUGCCUUUUGAGUUUGUGGGCGGCUACGUGGGCUACUUCGCCUAUGAGCUGCGGCACAGGGCCUUUGAGAGGCUGCGAGGGGCCCAGGGGGAUAGGGGGACCCCCGUGGCUCUUAAGAAGAACUCCAAAGAGGCCCUGCCCACGCCUUACCCCAUUUCCCUGUGGGUGUUUGCUGACCGCUAUAUUGUUAUAGACAACGACGAAGCGCGCUGCUUCCUCGUCUGGCUGGUUCCCGCUGCUGCUGCUGCACCUGCUGCUGCUGCUGCUGCGGACGAGCAGCAGGAGGCUCGAAGAGCCGCCAAAGACAGCGCCUGCGAGCCGCUGCUAGAGGCUCUCUGCGCAGGCAGAGUGACACAAGAGAAACUCCAGUUCAUAGCAGAGAUGCAGCGCCAGUGGGCUUUGGGGGCCCUUGAGCAAAUUGCUGCUUAUGUCCGGCCUCCUCCCAGUCCGCAGCAAGACCUCGCUUCCCAGCCCCCACUGCAGCAGCAGCAGCAGCCACAGCAGCAGCAGCAGCAGCUUUCUUUUUCGGCUUCAUUGACAGAGGGAGAAUAUAGGGAGGCAGCCAUGACCCUGCUGCGGGAAAUAGAAAAAGGAAAUGCUUAUGAAGUUUGCCUCACAGAUCAAAUGCAUGCGCAGUUCAGCGCCUGCAGCACUUCGCCUCUUCAGAUGUACAUGCGGCUACGCGACAAGAACCGCUCCAAGUUUGGGGCUUUCCUCAGGUGCGCCACCGCAUGCAUCUCUCCCUAUGCACGCAUGCACGCAAGAGACCUGCGGGGCCAUGCAUACAUGCGCGCAUGCAUGCAAAGAAUCUAUGGGGACUGUGCGGGGCACUGGGGGGCUGUGGUUGCCGAGCAAGGGGCCCAGGGAGAGCAGGUGUCUGCGGCUCAUGCGCUGCUGCACAGGUACCAUCCAGAUGAGUUCGCCCUUGCUCGCACUGCAUGCGCGGACUCCGCGGGGCCCCCCGGGGCCCCAGGGGCCCCGGGGGCCCCUGGAGCUGCUGAGGGUUUUGCCGUCUGCUGCGCAAGCCCCGAACUGUUCCUGAAGGUGCAGGCCGACGGGCUGGUGGAGUCGCGGCCUAUAAAGGGCACUCGCAAGAGAGGCAUCACGAAGGCUGAGGACUUAGCGCUGGCUGCGGAGUUGGCGGCUUCAGAAAAGGACAGGGCGGAGAACCGAAUGAUUGUGGACUUAGUCCGAAACGACCUCGGUGAGCGCCCGCCCCGCGACUGCUAG